UUUCUAACUACCAUCUUUUUUUCCCAUUCGUUUUCUAAACUUCGCGCAUUCUACGACAACCUCAAUUUUCUUCAUUCCUUUUCCCCUCCCAACCACCAAAUCAUCAAGACAAUUGAGUCGCAACCAUGGCGCCUAGGUCUUACUCCAAGACCGCAAAGGUCCCCCGUCGCCCUUUCGAGGCCGCUCGUCUUGAUUCCGAGUUGAAGCUCGUUGGAGAGUACGGUCUACGAAACAAGCGUGAGGUUUGGCGUGUCCAGCUCACCCUUUCCAAGAUUCGUCGUGCUGCCCGUCAGCUUCUUACCCUCGACGAGAAGGACCCUAAGCGUCUCUUCGAAGGCAAUGCCCUCAUUCGCCGUCUCGUUCGUGUCGGUGUGCUCGACGAGUCCCGCAUGAAGCUCGAUUACGUGCUUGCCCUCAAGGUCGAAGAUUUCUUGGAGCGCCGCCUGCAGACCUGUGUCUACAAGCUCGGUCUUGCCAAGUCCAUCCACCACGCCCGUGUCCUCAUCCGCCAGCGCCACAUCCGCGUCGGCAAGCAGAUCGUCAACGUCCCCUCUUUCAUCGUCCGUCUCGACUCCCAGAAGCACAUCGACUUCUCUCUGACCUCGCCGUUCGGUGGCGGGCGUCCCGGCCGUGUCCGGAGAAAGAAGGCUAAGGCCGCCGAGAAGAAGGACGACGGCGAGGAGGAGGAAGAGGAAGAGUAAAUGCAUCACUCUCCAUGAAUUUACGUGGAUAGUUUGCCGGUGGGGAAAACGGAUUACAUUAUGGGCGUAUGAAACUACUUUAAAGGUCAUACCUCAAGGCGUUAGGCCAGGGGAAACGGAAUGCAUGAAAGAACUUUCACGACCGUUUGAUAAAUCAAUGCUCUAUGUGAUCCACUGCUUUGACUCCUUUCGA